CAGGGAUUCAGUCAUGGCUGCCCUAAAGAAAGCUCUGCUUGCAGCUGCUGUUGCGGCUUUAGCUGCGUUCUUUGGAUACGGGUUUCAUAAAAUAAACAGGAUCAGCCUCGCCUCCAGAGAAAUGCCUAUAAAACCCCUCCGGUGCCAUUAUUUACCUUAUAUAGAGUAUGGAGCAGAGGACAUCACUAUACUCCGACAUGGACUUGCCUUUCUAAGCACAGGGCUGCACGAUUACCUCGAUCUACCAUUCUUCUCCAAUGAAUCAGGAAAAUUGUACGUUUUGGACCUGCUGCACCCAAAUCCGACCCCAGUAGAGUUGCAAAUCAAAGGAGAAUUCGACCUCAGCUCUUUCAAUCCACAUGGCAUUAGCGUGUACACAGAUGCAGCAGAUGACUCUGUAUAUCUGUUUGUUGUCAAUCACCCUCAGCGCAAAAGCCAGGUAGAGAUCUUUCGUUUCAUUGAGGAAGACGAACUUGUGCACUUAAAAACUGUUACACACCCUUUACUGCACAGUGUGAAUGACAUUGUUGCCGUUGGACCAGAGCAUUUCUACGCCACAAACGAUCGUUAUACUGAUUAUGGUGCAAUUCAGCUGCUGAUCUUCGUCCUGGGUCUUCCCUUGUGUAACGUUGUGUACUUCAGUCCUGGUGAAGUGAGGGAGGCAGCUGGUAGCAUGCAGUCUGCAAAUGGGAUAAAUAUAUCUCAAGACAAAAGGUAUAUUUAUGUUUCCAAUAUGCUGGACCAUGCUGUGGAUGUUUUUGAGCGACUAGACGGAGAACAGUUGGUCUUUGUUAAGUCUGUCCCGGUUGGAACACUUUGUGAUAACAUCGAGGUAGAUCACAUGACAGGGGACGUCUGGCUGGGCUGCCAUCCAGAUGCCACUAAGUUGUCCAACUUUGAUCUUAAAGAUCCACCUGGCUCUGAGAUCAUCAAAGUCAAGAACAUCCUCUCAGAUAAGCCAGUGGUGACCCUGGAGUAUGGAGACAACGGCCAUGAGCUGAUGGGCUCAACUGUCGCCGCUCCCUACGAGGGAAAGCUGCUCAUUGGCACAGCUUUUCACAAAGCCCUGUAUUGUGAUUUAAAAUAAACUAUUAACACAUUCAAAUAUUAUACCAGUAAGGCAGAUCCCUGAUGUAACAAGGAAACAGUUUCAGGAGGAUCGAAUAACAUCGCAGCUUGUUUUUCCUGGUAUUUACACCUACAGAACAGCUUGACACAGUUUAAAACAUGUUUUUGGUGGCACUGUAUUAGUCCUAAAAUUGUGCAAGUCAGUUAUUAAUACAGUUAUGCUGAGACGUUUUUUAUGCACCCAACAGAGACAAAAUUUGAUAAUUUCAGACUUUUACUAAUUUUUAAAUUGUUUUUUUUUCUUCUUUCACACAACAAGCAAUGCCAAUGAGGUCUAAAAGCAAGAAAAAGACAACUUUGUAUUCAUUGUGGAUUUUCUCCAAGAAUUGUACAGGUUCUUAUAUAAACAUCCAGGU